AUGUCACUCGAGCAGGCCGCCCGGGACCUCACCGAGGCCGUCAGCGGCAUCGACUACGAUGGCGCCGCCGUGCACCGCUGCCGCGUCGCCCUGCACGCCGGCAUGGCGGCUGCCUCUGUUGACGAGCUCACCGCCGCGUUGCAGAUUCUAGUAGACCGCAUCGCCAGCGCGCGCGUCGACGACGCGGACGGCGUCGCGUUUGCCGCCCUCACAGCUGGCGCCCUCGUCGAAACAGGUGCCCCCGCGGGGCCCCUCGCCGCUGUGCUCCUCGUACAAGUGCCCCUUUUCCUCGCCGCCGCGCGGCGCUUCGCCGAUACCUGCCUCGCGGACCUGCCCUCGGAAGACGACGACGAGGAGCAGCAGCAGCAGCAGCACCCUCCACCGCCCGAGGACCAGGUGCUCGCCGAGGUCGACGGCCGCCGCAUCACACACUACGUCUUCCGAAGCCACGUGCCUUCGGAUCGCGGCGGCGCCUCCGCCCUCGCCCUGCUGCAGCCAUGGACGCUUCCCGCCGUGGCUGCGUUAUCGCGCGACCGCGCCGCCCUGCGUGACGCCGCCGCCCCCGGCAGCCCCCUUCGCGACGCCGCCCUCGCCCUCGCGCAAUCGCACGCACAGUGGCUCGCUAUUCUACUGAGCGCUCAGCUCGAUGCGCCCUGGCUGGUGCUAUGCCCGCGCGAGAGGCGCGGCUUUCGCAUGCUCGUCGACGGCGUCGUCAGCAACUACGACUUGCACGCGCUCAUUGGUGACGUUCUCGUCGACAAUGGCCUGUCCGCGCCGCGCAACCCGCCCACCCUCAUCGCCUACAUCAAGGGCGAGGCCCCGGCACGCGGCGACGUCGAGUCCGUAAGCGGCCAGUUUCAGUUUUACGAGUGGCCGGCCGCGGCGUACGACUGGGAGGAUGCAGACGCCGCACACUCUGCGGGCCACCACGUCUGGGGCGAGGGUAUCCCAAACGGCGUGCCGCGAUUCAAGGAUGUCCCCACGCUGAUUGUCGGCCCGCAGACGGUUCAGCGCUCGUGGAACAACCCCAGGACGUUUGGAGGGCUGCGGUGCAAUGUGAGUGUUACGGAGGAGCUCACCGAGAACGAGGUUACUUCUCUGCUGGCAGAGAUGAAGGCGGCAGCUGCGCAAUCAGAUCGAAGGGAGAUAGCGAAGGAGGGAGUUGAUACAGAACCGUGA